GGGGCGCUAGUGCUGGAGGCGGUGUGUAGCUCUUUAUUGUUCCAGUAGAGAGCUCAAUGCACGGUUUCCCACAUUUGUUUCAAUGGCUACCACACAGGAACCACGUCCCACCUGAGAGGGAGCGGUUCGGCUGCGAAGAGAGGACUUCUGGAUCAAAACUUACAGCACUGUGUGGGAUUUACCGUCCGCGUUGGAAAUAAAAGCUCUUGCUGACGGACAAUCUGUGGAUCCUGAAGAAAGAGGGGGACGUCCUCCUGAAGCUCGAGAGCCGCUCACUGUUGCGUCCGUCACCAUGGUGGAACCAGCCGACAGGCCGUCUACAGCCGGACAGAGGCUGGGCGCCCCUGAAAGUUUUGGGGUGUCCACCCUGGAGCCAGGCCUGCGUCCUCCAGCCCAGCCUCCAGGGCGACUAGUCUCCAUCAGGGUCCAGAUGCUCGAUGACACACAGGAAGUCUUCCAGAUAUCGCAACGUUCCCCCGGCAAGGUGCUGUUUGACCUGGUUUGCGUUCAUCUCAAUCUGUCAGAGGGAGACUAUUUUGGACUGGAGUACCAAGACCACCGCAAGAUGACGGUGUGGCUGGAUCUGCUGAAGCCGACACUGAAACAGAUCCGACGGCCUAAAAACACCAUCCUUCGUUUUGUGGUGAAGUUCUUCCCCCCUGACCACACACAGCUCUUGGAGGAGCUGACUCGGUAUCUGUUUGCCCUGCAGAUUAAACACGACCUGGCAUGCGGGCAUCUCAUCUGUAACGACACCAGCGCUGCUCUCAUGGUCUCCCACAUCAUUCAGUCCGAGAUAGGAGAUUUUGAUGAAACCCAGAGCUGGCAGCACCUCCUCCACAAUAAGUACCUGCCCGACCAGGACGCCAUCAGAGACAAGAUCACUGACUGCCACCGCAAGCAUGUUGGGCAGACUCCUGCAGAGUCCGACUACCAGCUGCUGGAAAUUGCUCGGCGCUUGGAGAUGUACGGUGUUCGUCUGCACCCAGCCAAGGACCGAGAGGGUACUAAACUCAGUCUGGCUGUGGCGCACAUUGGUGUGCUGGUUUUCCAGGGGUACACAAAAAUUAACGCCUUCAACUGGUCCAAGGUUCGCAAGCUCAGCUUCAAACGCAAACGGUUCCUAAUCAAGCUGAGAGCAGACCCCGCUCAGAAUGCCCACCAUGACACGCUGGAGUUUGCCAUGGCCAGCAGGGAUUGCUGUAAAAUCUUCUGGAAGAUCUGUGUAGAGUAUCACGCCUUCUUCAGGCUCUUCGAGGAGCCCAAGCCCAAACCCAAGCCCAUCCUCUUCACCAGGGGAUCCUCAUUCCGGUUCAGCGGUCGAACCCAGAAGCAGAUCAUCGAUUAUGUGAAAGACUCGGAGCUGAAGAAAGUCCCAUUUGAAAGGAAACACAGUAAGAUCCUGUCCAAUAGCGGCAUGUCCCCUCAUUCGUCGUCCUUCAGAUCACAAGUGCCAAGAGAGAGUGCCAUGUCUGUCCAGGUAGCCGACCAGCCUGACUCAACCAGACUGGGCCAGCGAGCUGAAUGUAAUGGGUCAGAGGAGCCGCCGGCAGCCACAUCAACCAUCAACGGCUUCCAGGAUAUACCAGCGGCGCCCGGCUCAGACCCGACUCAGUCCCGACAGAACCACCACGGCACGGGAUCAGCACCAGAUCCGCAGUUCCUCAACCCAGAAAGUCCCGGUUCAGAGGACUCUCCGGAGGGAAGUCCCCAUGUGGUCGUUAACGGCAGUGGCUCGGUAAAUGGACGGGGGACGGGCAGCAUCGGUGUCCUGGGUCAGAGUCCUGAGGGACGGCUGCUAUCACCUCUCACCAGCCCGCUGCUCACUGAUGCUGGAUGUGUCCGCCACGAUGACGAAGACGAGGCGAGGAGGAAGAAGUUUCCCACAGACAAGGCCUACUUCAUAGCCAAGGAACUGUUGACCACAGAGCGGACCUACCUCAAAGACCUGCAGGUCAUCACAGAGUCCUUCCAGAACGUUGCAGGGAAAGAUGAGGCCUUCCCGGACUCUGUUAAGAAUCUGAUCUCUGCCAGCUACGAUCCGGUCUACAAGUUCCACCAGGGAUUCCUCAAAGAGGUGGAGCAGCGGCUGGCACAGUGGGAGGGUCGAUCUAAUGCCCACAUUAAAGGAGACUAUCAACGAAUUGGUGACGUUCUCCUGAAGAACAUUCAGGGUCUGAGGCAGCUGACAGUUCAUCUUCAGAAACAUUCAGAGUGCCUGGUCGAACUGGAACGGGCCUGCAGGUCCAGUCGGAAGGCGGAGGCUGCGUGUCGGGACUUUGAGCAGCAGAGGGUUUGCUACCUUCCCCUCAACAUCUUCCUCCUCAGGCCUCUCCACCGCCUUCUGCACUACAAACUCAUCCUGGAGAGGCUCUGCAAGCACUACCCGCCCACCCACGAUGACUUCAGGGACUGUAGAGCGGCCCUGGCGGACAUCUCAGAGAUGGUGCUACAGCUCCAAGGCGCCAUGAUGAAGAUGGAGAACUUCCAGAAGCUUCUAGAGCUGAAGAAAGAUCUGACCGGCAUCGACAACCUCGCCAUCCCCGGGAGGGAAUUUAUCAGGCUGGGUUGCCUCAGCAAGCUCUCAGGGAAGGGCCUUCAGCAGAGGAUGUUCUUCUUGUUCAGUGAUUCCUUGGUGUACACCAGUCGAGGAAUGACCACGUCCAACCAGUUUAAAGUUCACGGCCAGCUGCCCCUGUAUGGCAUGACGAUCAGAGAAAGUGAGGAGGAGUGGGGAGUCCCUCAUUCGUUCACUUUGUUUGGACAGCGCCAGUCUGUGGUUGUAGCAGCCAGCUGUGAGUCCGAGAUGGAGCGGUGGGUGGAGGACAUCAGGAUGGCCAUCGACCUGGCAGAGCAGACGAGCAGCCCAAACACUGACCUGCUGUCCACCAGCCUCUCUGACAACAAGCUGUCGGAGGACGGUGGAGCCGAGCUGGAGUCGGAGGAAGAGCUCUGCGGCUCGCACUCGUCUCUGGAGCGCCAGGGUCAGCGCGGUAACACCACCGUGCACGUCUGCUGGCAUCGCAACACCAGUGUGUCCAUGGUGGACUUUAGUGUUGCCGUGGAGAACCAGCUGUCAGGUAACCUGCUGAGGAAGUUUAAGAACAGUAACGGCUGGCAGAAACUCUGGGUGGUCUUCACCAACUUCAGCCUCUUCUUCUACAAGUCACACCAGGACGACUACCCUCUGGCCAGCCUUCCUCUGCUGGGCUACUCCGUCACCGUCCCGUCCGAGUCGGAGAGCAUCCAUAAAGACUACGUCUUCAAACUCCACUUUAAAUCCCACGUCUACUACUUCAGAUCAGAGAGCGAGUACACCUUUGAAAGGUGGAUGGAGGUGAUCCGCAGUGCCACCUGCUCUGCCAGCCGCUCCGUGCCGAGCACCAGGAAAGACCUUUACUGAUGACGUGCGCAGAGAGACCGAGACGCUGGACCUGGGUGGAGCUCUGGACUCCAGACUGCACCAACACCAGAAAAGACUCUUAUUAUAUCAGACACACAAUCACAUACCAAUCACUCAGAGAUCCUCCCACUUAUAACACUUUCUGCACCACUUGUGUCUGAUGCGCGAUGUCUGUGAUUUCAGUCGUCCCCGAUGUAAUUCAUAAUGUCAUUGGGGGGUUUUUUCUACUCCAAACUGGCAACACAAAGUCUUGCUGGCAACGUUUUUUCCUUUACCGAUAGUUUAUUUUAGUGUUUGGAGUGUUGUUCACAUGCACACACACACGGAUUGAAUAUUCACCCCCAACAACAUAUCAUGUUUACAACAAGGAGGAUUUUUAUCAUCAUGAUAGACAUAAAUGGUAUACAUGGGACUUACCAGAAGUAUUUGGGACACUGAAGCAUGAGUUUAUGCACAGUUUAGUUUUUCUGCAUUUCCUUGUUAAAUAUUCCUGUAUGAGGACACCUUUGUAAUGCGAGUAUUACAUGUACAUAAAAUGCUUGAAUUAAGACCGAAACCAGGAUUUUAAACUGUGUGCAUGUGAACAGACUCCUGAUAAUGACAGUGUUUUCUAUGUAGAAUUAGAUGAAUUAAAUGUGAUGCCAGUUUGGACACAAUUAGAUCCAUCUUGUUCCUUUUUGUACAGUACUUUGAUACACUGUGAAAUGUCCUCUUUUUUUCCCCCCAAUGUCUUCCUGUGAGUUUUGCUUUGUUUAGAAGGAUAAAUGACUUUAACACUGCUUCCAACGCCAACAGAGAUUUCACUGGUCCGUUUGCCAAAUACCUUCUCUUCUGUGCUCCUCUAGUUUUCUGGAUUUUACUAUUCUAAAUAAAGAUGAGAAAAGAUUGUGUUCAUAUGGAAAAUAAAGAGACAACUCAGAAA